AUGAUUCUUCCGCUGGAAUAUGGUCUCAUGGUAUACAUGGAUGAUGAAUGGAGACGUCUAGCCUGGGUUUACUUGGAUAGUGCGCUCGCAGCCACUCCCAGUCCCACCAGCACGACACAUAUGGACUCUGAAGUUCUACAGCGCCUGCAGGAGCACAAAGUCCUCGAUGAUGAAGAGAGAGAGGAUAACCCCCGUUCAGUCCAAGUACUCUUUUCAGCUGCAGGUACAGGAAAGACUCGUCAUAUAUUCCAGCUUUUGCAGAGCCGCUGGGGAUUCUAUAUGGUAGCACCCAACCUCCAGCCUGGGAAAGAAUGUCUAAACGCCACCGACAUCGUCGAGCCUCGGAGAUAUGGUGUUUCGAGGGACACUUGGACUAUGUUUGAAGAUCACCCUCAGAUGGAUCCCCAGUGGCCAUCGGAAAAUGUGGAAGUGUUUCUUUCUAUCAUCGCUGCUCGAUGCGCCCUUCUCUAUGAGUUCCUGCACAAGUAUCCCGAGGAGACACCAGGAAGAUGGCUUUCACUUCAGAUAAGCUGUGAAACGUGCGACCCGUUCGACGCACUAUACAGACUCUUCCGAUUAUCUAAGUCAGUGUAUUUAUACUGCGAUUCGAUGGUUGCGAUCCAUGCUGACAUACCUGGCUAUAUGGUGCCAAGUUGCUACGCUCUCCUGAGAGAUCUCCCGUCAGAGUACUUUAAUGGUACUUUAUAUCAUUGCUUUGAUGAAGCACAGGUUGCCAUUGAUGAUGCGAAAUCCUCGUCUAUGUUUACUAAUCUGUAUACAAGCCUGGGCCUAUAUGACAUCCUAGCUACAGAUUGGGAACCAAGUUUCUUCAAACGCGUAAGGCAACAUGACGAGACUAGGGAGGAAGGCCAAAGCGGUCUGGGAUGGAUGGAAGAGGGUAUGCCAGUCAUAUACCCAAUACUAUUGAUAUCGGGAACUUCUCUCCGCCUUAGAGAACUCAAAGAAACGCUUACCAGCUGUUCUUUAUAUACCUGGGGCAUAGACCCAUGGCGAGGAUGGCAGGAACCUGUGUAUCACGAUGUGUUUCCAUCGGUUGCUAGCGACCAGGACUUUUGGAAGCUAUACGAAGAGCAUACAACAAGUGUACUCACUGAACUCGAGAAUGCCUACAACAUGAUGCUAGACCCUAGCAUUGAUCAUAUACCAUUCAUAAGUCGAAGCGGUCGCCCUUUGGCUGUGUCAGUAGAUCAAAGCACGGACCUUUGCAAGAUGCGUAAAGUAUUACACCAACCCUUGGAUAUUCCUCCCUUCCAGAGUAUCCUGAAACUUCUGGGGCAAGUUUACAACUUCCUUUCAGCCCAGGACCAACAAAGAAGCAGAGCUAACAAGGACUUCAUCCCGUCAAGUCUCGAGGAGCUACUAGACCAACGGAGUUCCGAAAAAGUCGUUCUAUUUCUCGUUUCCUAUUUGGUAAAGCCGCUUGUUCACAAGCAGUUGCUGGAAAACAGCGAAAUCGAACAGAAAGCUUUCAAACUCUUGACAGACUACGGCAGUCUCCAAUUUGGCCAGCUGCUCGAAUCAAUCAAAUAUGAGGUUGCGCAGCCGUUGUCACCCAGCUUCUCCUUCACUGAGUCAUCAGAUAUUCUACACGAGAACCUAAGGAACCUUUUUAUGCGAAACCUCAUUACAUCCUGCAGCAUCUGUCAGCGCGGCCGAUUUAGGUGGUCUACAAACUUUAUUGAAGAGAUCAUCAUACUCUCUACCUCUUGGCACUCCACCAACUAUACUCUUGCCUCAAUCCGCUCAUCCGUAGAGCAGGCCAGGAAUAGUUCGAGAACCCGAGCUGUGGGAGCUCUCAAAUCACAGGUUCGAAAGAUGAAGGAUGCGGGCAAAGCAGAGCUGGUUCAAGAUCUGUUCCGAGCUGCAAUUCGAGCCGAGCUGCUAAACACGCCCACAAUAUUCUCGAAGAAGGUCCACGCAGAUUUGGUAACAUACGGAUUUGUUUUGGUUCAGCGGGACGGUGACACGAUGAGAUAUACUCUUUCUGAGCCCAUUGCUGUGCACGCCGUUAUGGACUAUUUGCGGACGGAGGGAGAGAAAGAUUAUCAAGAAUUGAUGUUGCAGUGGCUCGUCAACACACAGGAUGACUAUGAGGUUCGAUCAAUGUUCGGAAAGGCUACUGAAUGGUUCGUUGCAAUGUCCUUUGACCGGUUGCUAAGACGUCAGUCCUACGACGGCACUGCUCUACCCGAUCUACUGGAUGGAGCGAAGCGCCGUGGAGUCCUCUUAGAGGAGCUUGGCAAAGCUAUUCGGCUGGAUACUGACGGCAAUGAAGCCGGCAAUCUAGGGGCUAUUGUUAAGAUUGAUGGUUAUGCUUUACCAGAGGUUCCAACUGUCUUUGAGUAUCAGACCACUGGUACCAUUUGGAAAUGGAUGAGACAGUUUCGCCUAAAGGGAUCAGGAUCCACCCCGACUUUCAUGUUCCCAGACAUCAAUGCUGGUCCAGACCUGAUCUUCGUUCUGGAAAAGCAGCCUUCAAUGUCAGAUACCGACACUGAUCAAAUUUCGACGAACCUGCAACCUCAGGACGGAGAAAGAAUUUUCGUUGCUGUUCAGAUCAAAACUGGACAGAGUGCUCGAUUCGAAGAUGCCAUGGAGACGUUGAUUGAGUCCAAUUGGCAUAAGAAUAUGAACGACAAUGCUCGAAACGAUGACAUACAAGAGUUAGACCACUGGAAGGACGUACCGAUUUUGUUACUGUUGAUUUGUACGGGCAUCACGGUCAAACAGAAAAAGAUUAAGAGGUGGAUGGACAAGAAUGCGUCUCGUAUCCCGCAGGGCCGUUUUAUAUGUGUUCUGGACGAAACGGUGACAAGUGAUAUAUGGGGCCAAGACUUCGUUACUCUGGCCGGCACCAUCAGAAGACAAAACAUGCAGCAGGAGAGUCCUUGGGAGCAGGAUGUCAGGGAGCGUAGAAAGAGGGAUAUUGGAGGAAUCACGUGGGAAGGUCAGCUUGCAGACCGAUCAAGAAAGCGGCCUCGUAUAGACGAAUAG